AUUUAUAAUGAAUCCUGCUUAGAGUAUAGCCUAAUAAUUCUUACAACAAUACUAUUAAACUUUGAUGACUAAUAAAAUGUCUUUGAUUUAAUUUUAUACUGAUGCGUCUAUUAUGACAUAUGGUAAAAUAUUAUUUAUCUACAAUUAUUUAAGGAGGAGAAUAAUAUAAUGGAAUUAAAUCUAUAAAUUAAAAGUUAGAAUCAUUGUCAUUUUAAAAGAUUGUCUAUAAAAUAGAUGAUAUGGAUGUUUAGCCAGGAGCAGUAUAGAAUUCUCUUUUCCUCUUUGUUACAGGUUAGUUACAAAUGGAUGAUUCAGAUACAUUUAAGUUCUCUUAAAGUUUUCAAAUUCUUCCAAAUGGAUAAGGUGGAUUAUAUGUACACAAUGAUAUUUUCAGAUUGGUUUAUUGAUAUAUAAAUAAUAAAAUUAUU